ACAAAACCAUGAGCGCUCCAAGGUUCUGCCAAGGAAAACCUCUUCCAUCGUCAUCUACAACGAUGUAUAAAGAUAUGCAUUUAAAAGUGAAAAAAUUAGGGAAAAAAAAAAAAGACCAGGAUUGUCUCUAUGAACUUAAGAUGAAGUGACUCAACAAGCAAACCGGGGCAAUUCAAACCAGGAGGCGAGAAAAAUGAAGAACAAAAACUGCAAUGCUCACUUCCUAGUUGCUGAGUGCUGGCUGAAGUAUGCAUGAAAGUCUGCUGCAAAUUGACCUGUCUAAUACCAACAGAUUCCCACAGGAUUAAAAAAAAAAAAGGAGCUGAUGAAGGGAUAUACCUAUAUAGAUGCAAUGGUCCCAUGGCAUAGAUGGUGACUCUGACACUAUCAAGUCACUUGUUCAUAGUAUAAAAGAGACUUUAGUCGUUUGACAGUCUUAACACUUUGGCAUAUGACAUUGAGGAUUGAGUGUUUCAGUAGCAUAUCCCUGGGCUAGAAUUUUUGCCACCCUAUUGAAGCUAUCCUCUCUUUUAUUUCGUUUUACCUGUACGGUCAGCUGAAGAUUCAAUCAUUCAAGUGGUUUAACUUGGUUGGAUUCUUUGCAGAGUCGGACUGACCAUCAUGGUGAUCGGGCAGCGGCGGGUGUUCACCUUUGGCAAAGGAAGGAGUGAAGGCAACAAGGGCAUGAAGUCCUUGUUGGGGGGCAAGGGAGCAAACCUGGCAGAGAUGGCCAGCAUUGGAUUAUCAGUGCCCUCUGGGUUCACCAUAUCAACUGAAGCAUGCCAGGAGUAUCAGCAGAAUGCCAAGAGACUACCAGAGGGACUAUGGGAAGAGAUACUGGAAGGCUUGAAAACUGUGGAGGAGGACAUGGGAGCUUUUCUUGGUGACCCUUCCAAGCCACUUCUCCUUUCUGUCCGCUCUGGUGCAGCGAUUUCAAUGCCUGGCAUGAUGGACACUGUCCUGAAUCUUGGACUAAAUGACAAUAUGGUUGCUGGUUUGGCUGCAAAAAGUGGAGAGCGCUUUGCUUAUGAUUCUUAUCGACGAUUCCUAGACAUGUUUGGGGAUGUUGUUAUGGGCAUUCCACACUCCUCAUUUGAGGAGAAGAUAGCAAGGAUGAAGCAACUGAGAGGGGUUGAGCUUGACACUGAGCUAACUGAAUCUGAUCUUAAGGAGCUGGUGGAGCAGUACAAGAAUGUAUAUCUCACAGUCAAGGGUGAAGAGUUUCCUUCGGAUCCAAAGAAGCAGUUACAGUUGGCUGUUAAAGCAGUUUUCAAUUCUUGGGAUAGCCCAAGGGCCAUUAAAUAUCGGAGCAUUAACAAAAUAAGUGGGUUGAAAGGAACAGCAGUAAACAUCCAAUGCAUGGUGUUUGGAAACAUGGGAGACACUUCAGGGACAGGUGUUCUGUUCACUAGGAAUCCAAGCACUGGUGAAAAGAAGCUUUAUGGGGAAUUUUUAGUCAAUGCACAGGGAGAGGAUGUGGUUUCCGGAAACAGAACCCCAGAAGACUUGGAUACCAUGAAAAGUCACAUGCCUGAACCUUACAAAGAACUUGUUAUGAACUGCAAAAUUCUUGAGCAACAUUACAAAGAUAUGAUGGAUAUUGAAUUCACGGUACAAGAAAAUAGGUUAUGGAUGUUACAAUGUCGAUCAGGGAAGCGUACUGGAAAAGGUGCAGUGAAGAUAGCUGUAGACAUGGUUAAUGAAGGGCUUGUUGACACUCGAACUGCAAUUAAGAUGGUAGAGCCGCGUCAUCUUGACCAACUUCUUCAUCCUUGGUUCGAAGAUCCAUCUUCUUACAAAGACAAGGUGGUUGCUGUGGGCUUGCCUGCUUCUCCUGGAGCAGCAGUAGGGCAGAUUGUGUUCAAUGCUGAGGAUGCGGAAGAAUGGGAUGCUGAAGGAAAGAGUGUCAUCUUGGUAAGGACAGAGACCAGCGCAGAGGAUGUUGGAGGCAUGCAUGCAGCUGCUGGUAUCUUGACAGCUAGAGGUGGCAUGACAUCUCACGCAGCUGUUGUAGCACGUGGAUGGGGAAAGUGCUGUGUUGCUGGCUGUUCUGAUAUACAAGUAAAUGACAUUGAGAAGGUUCUUGUGAUCGGGAAAAUGAUGCUUAAAGAAGGAGAAUGGCUCUCUGUCAACGGGGCAACGGGUGAAGUGAUCCUGGGAAAACAGCCUCUCUCUCCUCCGGUAUUAAGUGUUGAUUUGGAAACAUUUAUGUCAUGGGCUGAUGAAAUUAGGCACCUUAAGGUUAUGGCAAAUGUUGAUACGCCUGAAGAUGCACUGACUGCAAGAAAGAAUGGUGCCCAGGGGAUUGGUCUUUGUAGGACAGAACAUAUGUUUUUCGCUUCAGAGGAGAGGAUAAAGGCUGUGAGAAUGAUGAUCAUGGCAGUAACACCUAAACAGAGGGAAGCAGAACUAGAGCUGUUGCUUCCUUAUCAAAGAUCUGAUUUUGAGGGAAUUUUCAAGGCAAUGGAUGGCCUUCCUGUAACAAUCCGAUUGCUGGACCCUCCACUUCAUGAGUUUCUUUCCAAGGGUGAUGCAGAACAGAUAGUAUACGAAUUAGCUUCAGAGACUGGCUUGAGCAAAGAAGAAGUUCUCUCAAAAAUCGAGAAGCUAUCAGAAGUUAAUCCCAUGCUUGGUUUGAGGGGCUGCAGGUUAGGAAUAUCCUCUCCUGAGCUUACUCAGAUGCAAGUGCGGGCAAUCUUUCAGGCUGCUGUCUCAGUAAGCAACCAAGGAGUUAAAGUACUUCCUGAGAUAAUGGUCCCACUAGUAGGAGCACCAGAGGAACUAGGACACCAAGUCUGUUUAAUCCACAGUGUUGCAAACGAAGUCUUCUCUGAGAUGGGUUUUUCCAUAAGCUAUAAAGUUGGGACAAUGAUUGAGAUCCCCAGAGCUGCCCUGGUUGCUGAUGAAAUUGCCAUGGAAGCAGAAUUCUUCUCCUUUGGAACCAAUGAUCUGACACAAAUGACGUUUGGGUUUUCUCGAGAUGAUGUAGGCAAAUUUCUUCCUUUGUACUUAUCAGAAGGCAUCUUACAAAGUGAUCCAUUUGAGGUACUCGAUCGGAAAGGUGUAGGCCAACUUAUUAAGAUUGCAGUGGAGAAAGGACGGCAAGCCAGGCCUGGCCUAGAGGUUGGAAUAUGCGGGGAACAUGGUGGGGAGCCUUCUUCCAUUGCAUUCUUUGCAGAGGCUGGAUUUGACUAUGUUUCAUGUUCGCCAUUCAGGGUUCCCAUUGCAAGGCUAGCAGCAGCUCAAGUUGCUCUCUGAGCACCAUUCCAAGAACAACUCAGCUCCUUCCACUUUUGUCAAUAUAGAUCAGUCAUGGAUGAUAUUGUGCAAAAAUAAUACCAUAGUACUAAGAAAUCAUGCACAUUUUUGUAAAUAGGAAGAAUCUGCCAUGGUAAUGUUGUGUUGAAAUGUAUAAAAAAAUAAUACAAGCACUCUCUCUUUGUGGA